AAGGAGGAGUUUGCUUCUGGUGUGGAGUGGGAAUAGAUCCUGGCCUCCUGGGCCCUUCCUUGGGCGUGGUUGGCCGAAAAUGUUGUCCUUGAUUUUGUUGAUGUCUUGGUGUGCGGUGACCCCACUGUCAAAGACUUUAGGCCUAUUGCUUGCCUAAAUGUUCUUUACAAAGUCAUCACCAAGAUUCUUGCAAAAGGUAUGGCAUCUAUUCUCCCUGACUUGAUUGACCCAGCACAGGGAGCCUUUGUUCCAGGAAGAUCUCUCGUGGACAACUUUCUGCUUGCACAACACCUCGUCAGAGAUUAUGCUGUCAAAAGAUCUACCCCUAGCUGCUUGAUUAAAUUGGAUAUAACUAAGGCCUAUGAUACUGUUUUCUGGAGUUUUUUGAAGGAUGUUAUGGCUGGCCUGGGCUUUCCUUCAAGAUUUAUCUCUCUUGUCAUGGAAUGUGUUUGUUCUGCCUCGUCUUCUAUUAUGGUUAAUGGAGACAGUCACAGUUUCUUCCCAAGUAAACGGGGCUUGAGACAAGGAGACCCAAUGGCCCCCACCCUUUUCCUUUUCUGUAUUGAGUAUUUUUCCAGAUUACUCAACAAAAAGGCUAAAGAGGGGCCUUUUAACUACCACAAGGAUUGUGCUGGUUUGGGCAUCACGCACUUGGCUUUUGCUGACGAUCUCAUGUUGUUCUCUAGAGGAGAUCUCCAUUCUGUUCAAGUCUUGAUGGACGCACUGGACCAUUUCUCUAGAGUUUCUGGGCUGACCCUCAAUCCCACUAAAUCCAACAUCUUCCUCGCUGGAAAAUACAGGGACAGUAGUCAUGCUCUUUUGGCUCUUGCCUCCUUUCCUCGUGGUCAGCUUCCUGUUAGGUACUUGGGCCUUCCUCUUGCUUCUCAAAGGAUAUCAGAGAGUGACUUUGCACCGCUCUUCAAAACUGUGGAAGGUUAUUUGUCUAAAUGGAGUACCCUUAAACUCUCUUAUGCUGGGAGAUUGGAACUGGUCAGGGCUGUUAUACAAGGGGUGCAAUCCUUUUGGCUUCAGGUGUUCCCGGUCCAAAAAUACAUUCUUGACCGCAUCACCUCCCUCUGUAGAAACUUCCUCUGGGGCAGUAAACUUGCAAAGGUGGCCUGGGUGGAUAUUUGCAAGCCAAAGACUGAGGGGGGGCUGGGCCUUAAAGAUAUUACUUCGUGGAACAACACACUCUUAUGCAAACUCCUUUGGAACCUAGCAGCAAAGAAGGACUCCUUGUGGGUUAAAUGGGUCCAUAAUAUCUAUAUUCAAGGCAAUGAUGUUUGGCAGUGGCAACCCAAGAAGAGGAAUUCUGUUUUCCUCAAGAGAUUAGCCCAUGUACGAGAGCUUUUGGUCCAAAAGCUGGCUGACUGUAAUUCCAAUAUGGACAUGGCUAUGCAACCCUACUGUUCGGCAGGUGUUCUUAUUCCCAGGAAGAUCUAUGAUUUAUUUAGGGCAAAGGCCAACCCCAAGCCUUGGAUGGCUUUUAUUUGGCAAAGUUUCAUUCCUCCUAAGUGCUCCUUUACGAUGUGGCUAGCACUUAGGAGGAGACUGCCCACCAAAACCAACCUGGAAUUCCUCAGAGUGCCCAUGGAAUGUACCUUCUGUGGUCAAGAGCUUGAAGAUGUGGACCACCUGUUCUUUACCUGCGCGGUUUCUAAAGACGUUUGGAAGGCUGUCAAAGACUGGCUACGGAUGGAAGGGCAGUUGAGUACUCUCCCUAGAGCUAUCAGGUGGAUGAAGGGCUUUAAAAGAGGAGAUGGAAUUCUCAAAAAGGCAAGGAAGAUUGCCUUAGCUUGCACGGUUUUCCACUUAUGGAAACAGCGCAAUUCCGUUUACUUUGAUCAUGAACCUCUAUGUGUUGAGACUAUGGUUUUUAAAAUCAAGGUUAUGGUCUUUUCCAUUUUGGGGAGAUUAUGGCAUCUACGUACUCUUCCCUUCUGAUGUUGUUGUAUUUGCUGUUUGUUGGCCUGUGCGCCCUUGUUUUGAAUUGAUUACUUGUUUACGUUUGAACUUGGUGAUGUUUCCAUUUGUUUCUUUGGAUUUGGUUUUACCAUUUCCCAGCUCGGGGAAGAAAUUGAGGUUUAAGGA